AUGCGAGGAAGAAGAACAAGACUAGGACAGCUUACUUCGACGGCGGACGUGGCGAGCAACCUUGAAAAAUGCAAGAAGCUCGUCCGGCAGGCGGCCAGUGGGGGCGCAAAGGUGAUAUUCCUCCCCGAAGCUGCGGACUACAUCGCAUCAUCGCCGCAAGAGUCCCUCGCCCUGGCGAAACCGCUCUCCGAGUCCCCGUUCGUGGCCGGACUUCAGUUGGCCGCCCGGGAACAUGGUAUCGAGAUCAACGUCGGAAUUCACGUACCUGUGGCCGAAGCCGAUACACCUUCUCCCGCCCUCGCCCCCGCCCAUGCCCCGGCCUCCGCGCCCGAGAUUUCUGUCAAGUCAGCGCCAAUCCGGCUCUACAACCGAUCACUGUGGAUCCGCUCCGACGGAGCGAUCGAUGACGCUGCCGGUUACGACAAGCUCCACCUCUUUGAUUACGGGGCUCUCCGGGAGAGUGCCACCGUUAAACCCGGCGGCCGCCUCACUGCGCCGUUCCAGACACCCGUGGGACGAGUGGGAAGCCUUAUAUGCUUCGAUCUACGCUUUCCCGAGCCAGCCCUAGCUCUCACGCACACUAAACUAGGCGCCCCGGCCUCGACCCAUGGCGAGGCCCGGCCUGCCGCGCAGAUCCUCACCUACCCAUCGGCAUUUACCGUUCCGACGGGUAAGGCGCACUGGGAGGUUUUACUGCGAGCGAGAGCGGUAGAAACGCAGAGCUGGGUCAUUGCCGCGGCUCAAGUGGGUCGGCACAAUGCGAAGAGAGUCAGCUAUGGAAACAGUCUAGUUAUAGAUCCCUGGGGAACCGUGGCGUUGCGGCUCGGGGGCGUAGGGCCGGAAGGAGACCCCGAGGAUGGGACAGAUGGAACGGUGCUUGGCCUUGUCGACAUUGACCUCAGCAUCGUCGAGAAGGUUAGGGCAGAGAUGCCCCUGGCGCGAAGACUAGACAUAUAUCCCGAGAUCAUAUGA